CAAAGUCAUUCCAUUUAGGGAUUCAGUUCAGGACAUACCACAGGCACUUUGCUUGUACAUGAUCCUAUUUCAUUUAGCCUAGUUGCCUUUGGGAUUAUAAUACCAUUUUCACAAGAUUUUUUUAAGGCAAUUUUAUCAAGCCUGUCCACUCGCAGACUAUUAUCUUUCACUAAGACUUUAUUAAAACAGUGUGAUAACCUCCUGUCUAUUUAAACUCUCUGAAGUUAAUCGUCAUAUCAGGAGAAGCCAGUUGAAGCGACUGGAAGUAGGUUUCCAAAAUGCCAUGGUUCCAUCAGCAUGUGCCUGUUAAAUUGAGUACAGGAUUUCUAUGUCUCCUUCUCUUAUGGAACUUGGCUGCAGGCAUAAAAGGAGAAAAUAAGAAGGAGAAGAACAUGGCAGUGCUGGCUACUGCAGAGCUGCCUGCCAAAUCUGUUGAUCUGGCUGCGAUUAACCUGACUGAACUAGUGAACGGAAUGUUAAAUACAGCUCUCAAAGGAACUAAAAAAUUCUUCUCUCUGCUGAGCAUUACCUCUUACAGCUCAUUUGCCUUCCACAAAGUUUCGGUCGCCAUUUAUAACAUUUCUAACCUGAAAAAUGUUGACCCCAGCAAGUUCCCUAUGAGGUAUUGCUACUGUUUAAACAACAUGACAAAUGACUUAACAGAUUUUACAGCUUUACUUGUUGAUAUUAUUGGAAACUCCACCAGUUACCUCACAGAAAUUUUCAAAUCCACCUCGAUCGUCUCAGUGAGUCAGAGCAAUGAUUCAGACUGUAUCUAUAUCUGCGUGAUGGCAGGCCGAAUAGGCAGAAAUAUGUCUGACUUUUGGGAAAUGAUAGAGAAGUCUCCUGUUAUUAAUUACACAUUUUCCAGUAAUAUGUCUGCGCUCCUGGAUAUAGACUCAAUUCUUCCCAGCUUAAUGACCUUACGAGAAGACCCUGACAAGAUUGCGGAUGAGCCCCCUGAAGACAUUUGGACAUUUAAAACGACCAGGAUGCCUUCCUGGGAACAGACUGUUGCAUGGAAAGGAGAUGAAAUCCUAACUACAAGAUUUCCCACAUGGCCAAAGACUGUUGGUUUGAAAGGAUCUGGAUUUCCAAUUCUACAGCUGCCCUUGUGGUUACAGACAGAUGCUUCAAAAGGACAUGGCACUACAAGGCCAUCUCCUACUACCAUGGAAAGUGAUGAUAUUUUACCCCAAAUACAGCCAUCAACUGAAAUGUAUCCAUUCUGGACACAGCCAGCUUCUCCUGAAGUAACCAAAGUAUCUAUUCAAACAGAGUCGGAUCUGCCUUCAUUAUUGUUGUCUACCCCUGUAUUCAAGCCUGAAGUGUUACCAAAACUGCAUACAGCUUCCAGCGGCCAAGAAUCGGAGCCCCCAGCCCUUCCACCAGAGCUUCCACUUGCACCAGAAAGAAAUCUGAACAAUAUCACGUUCUUCAAUGGGGUCUUUCAAAAUGUGGACAGCGUUGCAUUGUUUUUUGACUGCCUGGGUUCUCACUUCACUUGGCUCCAGGCCAUAUUCACUAACUUCCCUGCACUGCUCCAUUUCGUGAACAAAAUGAGGUGUGUAACUGGACUUUGCCCCAGGGAUUUCGAAGACUAUGGCUGCUCUUGCCGGUUCGAGAUGGAAGGGCUCCCUGUGGAUGAAGCAGACAGCUGCUGUUUCCAGCACCGCAAAUGCUACGAAGAAGCCAUGGAGCUGGAGUGCUCCUGGGACCCUGCCAAGAUUUCUAUGGACAUCAGCUGUCUUACUAAAAACAUUACCUGUGAGUCUGGGGAUCCUUGUGAACGGCUUCUCUGCAAUUGUGACAAAGCGGCUAUUGAGUGUUUUGUCAAUUCACACGUUAACUCUUCCUUGAACGGCCUGGAUGUCUCCUUCUGUCCAGCUCAGGUUACAGAAACAACUAGCAAGAAAGGAUUGACAACACUUCAUGUGGAGGAGCUUCUUUACCACAAGGGUGAUAAACCACGGCUGACAACUGCUUCCAUGACAGAAGGAAGUCCACCUGCAGCUAGCAAUACCAGCUUGAAAACCCCCACUUCUGAGUCUACUCCCAGAGAGCUCAGCAAUGCACGGGGGAGAACGCCCAAAGCAGCAUUUAUUGCAAGAGAUCACGAAGGCAUAUUUGCUUCCUUCAUAGAUCCCACACUAACAGUUACUACAGUGAAGAUCGCAGCCACACCAGCAGCUGCAACUGAAAUUCAGAGGGGGCAGGAAAGCGAUUUAAUUGUAAGUGUACCUUCAGAAGUUACAGAGGAUGCUUUCCCGAUGGAAGGGCCAACCACAGCCACAGCCAGUAUUAACUCAACAGGGCCAGACGUGAUCCCCACUGAAAAUGAUCCCCCCACGACAACAGAACAAGAGACAAGCUUUAAGAUAGGAGAAGCGAGCACAGCUUCCUCUGCGAUAUCCCCAGAAGUGACGCUCGCUGAGAGGGGGCCCGAUGAAGCUAUCAGACAAGUCUGUGACAGAUUCACCUUUCUGCAAAUGAGAGGGAAUGGAAAGGUGAAGCAGGAGCUGCUUCAGCUAGGAGAAAUGCUGUUUUGCUUGACUGAUCGAUGCCCACAGGAAUUUGAAUAUUAUGGUUGCUACUGUGGCCAAGAAGGAAGAGGUUAUCCUACAGAUGUACUGGACAGGUGCUGUUUCUCCCAUCAAUGCUGUAUGGAACAAGUUAAAAAACUCGGGUGCCAGAUAGAGGGAAGUUUGAGAUCUGAAGUUGUAUGUUUAGAUCAUAAACCAAAGUGCAUUGGCUGGAGCAUGUGCGAGAAGCUACUGUGUACCUGUGAUAAGACAGCUGCUGAGUGUAUGGCUGCCGCCUCUUUCAAUGAAAGCUUGAGGUUUCUAACCAGGCGAGCAUGCCAAGAGAACAGAGUCUCAUGUUGGAGCGGAACAGCUGAAAGGCCUGCAGGGGUCACUGGAGUAGGCACCCGAACCUCCAGCUCUGAGGAGAGCAGCGAGGAGGCAGGUCCGUGGAGGAGGGCUUUAAGAAGAAUAAAGAGAGCUGCACGCCACCCCCCGGGAAAAGCCAGAGCCACACCACAGGAGAGAUAGCCAAGUCUCUAUAGCCAAUUGGGAAGUGGCAUGGAGGUGCCACCAUCAACAGCUGUGUGUCCUAUUUCAUCUUAUCUUUGUAAAGUCUCUUCUACAUGUUCGUACAGACCCCAGAUUGAAUUACUGACUAGGUAACGGGUUAUAUACGUUAGGAUAUAGAACUCUGUUCUACAGGGAAACGUGCCCUAAGGACCAUUUCCAUCUGUCUUACAUGAUUAUUUGAAAGUAUCUAGUAGUUUUGUUCAGCUGUUUUGUAAAGACCCCUCUGUCAGGUGACUGAUUUUUGCUAACACCUCCGGCACUUGGUUACAAUUUAUUUUGCUUUGUAUUGGAAAUGAGAUGUGUCUCACUGGAAACAAACACACACACACACACACAAUUGAAGGGUUGGAAUUAGAAUUUGAUACAUUUUCAUGUUACAUGCCACUAUGUGUGUAGUUAAUGCAGAACUCCUCCAUGAUUGUAAAAUACCAAGCUUAAGAUCCAUGCUAUACUAGUUGCGUAACUAUGGUAACACUCUCUGGCCAAUAUCCUUCUUGAAUAUUCAGGGACGGGGUGGGAGGAGAUGAGGAAAAUCUGUCAAGACACAUCUCCAAAAAAAUGAGCAGAUGUCUGCGGUACCUCUACAGAGGUCACCCAUCCAGGCUUCAGGGUGCCACAGAGCACAUGUUCUCCUUUCAACAACAUGGAGCCCCUUCCUAUUACAUCUUUGGCUGGCUGAGGCCUUAGUUUCCGGUCUAUCCCCAUUCGCUGUGAAUUUUCUUGCCCCGCCUCCUACUGGCUCUGCAUGUCAACGGGCAAUUGUAACAUGCUGCAGAGUUUUAUAGGUCUCCAAUUUCCCUUUUGUAUAUUAUGUAGACAGGGAGCACAGUGGCAUCUUCUGAUCAGAACUCAUGCACGGGGGCCAAAUGAUGUGGGGAAGCCUGCAUCUCUACUGGCCAUGCUGUGACUUUUCUUUGGAGAAACAAACUUCAGCUUCCAGGAAUAUGGCAUGAUGCCAACAGUACUAAUUUAAUAGGUUGCUCACAUUAAACUACAUUUUUCCUUCCUGUGGCCCACUGUCACGCUUCCCUUAUGCCAUCUGCAUGGAAUCAGUGGAGUUACACUGUUAAACUAUAGCAGCAAAUCAGCCUCUUUCCUGUCCCCCUUUUAGAAAACAAAACAAAACACACCAUUGUGAGCUGUAAUGAGACCUUUGAGGAGUGGGUGGGAGAAAAUUAAAAAUCCUUAUUCCCAGAAUCAUUGAAAAAUUGAACUGGGAACAAUAGCAAAUCUAGAGUAAUCUGCACUUUUUGCUGCUUUCUGUGGCAGCUACGAUUUAUUAUUAUGAUGGAUGGUUCCAGGCCUUUCCAUUGCAGAGUUUUCUGAAUGACUUGCUUAAUAGGACAACACUGAUUUAUAUAGGUAAGGCUAUUGCUACUUAGCAGCUAAGCA